AUGAAGCAAAUUCUGGCAGAAGUGGCUCGAGAGUCUGUUGUAGAACAGACUGGCGAAGAAGCUCGUCUGGAACUUCAGCGACGCUACGCGAACAAGAAGAACGCUGGUAGGCCAAAGAAGCUUCCUGGAGCUCCUUCGAAGAAGCGCUCUGCAGAGAUGCCUCUGGCAGUGCAAGCCGGUGUUCUGAAGCGGAUGAAGACAGAAGUGUCUGGUUUUGCUUCUGACAACGACUUCACUGGAGCCAUGAGCCAGCAACUGGGUUUGGACAAGAAGUCUGUGAGGAAGCUCUGGGCCAGAAGAGACAAGGUUCUGAAGGAGCAGUCUGAGCGGAACUUUGCUCGGAACCCUGAGAAGAACCGCAGUGGCCGCUCUGGAAAGGGCCGUCAGAAGGCUACUCACCGCAGGGCUGGCAGAGGCCUGCGUCUGAGCGGAGCUGGCCGCAAGCCUGAGUUUGCUUCUGUGAAGAAGGCUCUGCGAAGCUGGUUCGAGGAGUCUCGUGCCCACGGCCACUCUGUCAAGAAGCGGCAUCUGCUGUCGCAGUGGCAGUUUCUUCUGACAAGAGAACUUCUGAGGCUCAGAUCCACGAAGGAGGCCUCUGCAGACGCCUUCGAAAGGGCAGGUCUGGACCAGAAGAUCUGCGAAGGCGAGAAGCAGCUGCAAAGUGCUGCGAAGGAUUCUGGCAAGAACCGUCUGAGGCAGCUUCUGCUGGACGUCGAUGCCAAGAAUCUGCAGCCGGAUCUGAAGACGAAGCUGUCUGAGUCUGAGGAACAGGUCUCCGCGAAGCUGACGUACCAGGCUCUGGACCGCACUCUGUGGACAGCCUGCUUCUCACCUCUGGAGGAGCUGGGCAACAGGGUUGCCAAGCCCUCUGAGUUCAGAGACCACGUCUCUGAUCUGGUCGUGAUCUGCUCCGACCAAAUCCCUUUGUGGAUAAAGUCUGGCAGCGAGCGGGAACUCUUUGCUGACUGGGAGCACAACCCUCUGCCCCAGCAGCAUCUGCGAGAGAGUCUGAAGAACCAUCAUCUGUCCAGUUCUGACCAGGUGACAGGCUCUGGCGAUCUGGUUCCACCUCUGCUGCAGGCUGUGAAGCCGUCUGCGGCAGCUGGUCGAGGCUCUGGUCAGAGGCAGAAGAAGGCCUUUCUGGACGUGGACGCUCUGAGGUACCGUGUGACCUACGAGGCGAAGCAGGCUCUGUACGGCCUCUGCAAAGACCCCUCUGCACUCACUGGCACCGUUCUGCCCGGUCUUCUGGUGGUGCACGGCUCUCACGCUCGUCUGAACAACAUCGACAGGUGUGGUCGAUUUCUGAGAGACGAGACGUUUGAGUUCUCUGGCAAGGUGGUCUGCCGCAAAGCUGGAGCCUCUGCAGGGAAUCUGCUGAAAGGCUGGCGGCAAGCUCGCGACAAGGAUCCCUCUCUGUUCCGGCAGAUCUCUCUGAUGAGCCAGCCCUCUGCGAACGUUGAUGGCAUCAUCUUCGCCUGGGCUCAGGAGGAGCUGGCAGCUCUGGCACCUGCCUCUGUCCACGUCCGCGACUGCUUCGCUGCGGCCUGGUCUGUGUCUGGGGCAGAGUCUCUGUUCUACUCGCAGAGUCUGCAGACGGUCAUUGGACCGAAGCUGACUGCAAGUCUGCAACUGACUGACACAGACUAUGCCAGAUCUUUCAAGAGUCUGGCAAGGUCUGCCAUGGACGACCUGAGGCAUGCCGGUCAGACUGCUCUGCUGGCAGCUGGCGAGAAGGAGUUCUGGAGAGCGAGCCAUCUGGACAUGGCCAGGGCUGUGGUGCAGGCUCAGACCAAGAUGUCUGAGCGACAAGCCGAGAAGGACUGGAUCGUCUCUGGCCUUCGCCGCAACGGUCUGCUUGCCUACAGACCCGACUUCUCCAAGCAGGCUCUGGUUCCUCUGACAGACGAAGACUGCUGUGGCGCCUCCAUGGGUUCUGCGAGGACGAAGCCAGCCUGGUUGCAGGACCGCUACUCCUGGAGGGAUUCAUCUGGCAUUCCAGUGAAGCCAGACUGGUCUGCUCUGCACGGCGCCAAGGUCGUCGCGGAUCUGGUGGAGUGGAGCUACCACCACUCUGAGUCACAGGACGAGGCUCUGGAAAGCCAGGUCUCCGAGGCUCUGCUGAACGUGCACGAGAUGCCACUGGACCUGCAGCUCCCCUGCAUCGAGUCUGGCGUCCUCACGCUUUCUCUGGACCUGCAACGGGCAGCCUGGCACAAGCAGCUCUCUUCGGACUCUGAGCUUCUGCAGAAGAAAGCUGUGAAGCGAGACGUGAAGCAGAUGAUCGCUCUGGCCAAGCGGAAGCUUCGAGGAAAGCUUCUGGAAGCCAUGAGGCAUCGUCUGACACAGAUGUCCCGACAGCAAGCUUUGCAACGUCUGGUGCCGAGAGCUUCUGACAAGAAAGGCUCUGUGACGAAGAAGGCCGCUUUGAAGCAGAAGAAAAAGACGGCCCUGGGCCACGCUGCCAAGGCUCUGGCGAAGGCCAAGGCUCUGGACGAGAAGCCCUCCGGCGACUCUGCUUUGGUGCCUGGCCCUGCUCUUGCUGACCCCGUCUCUGAGAAGGCCUCUGAGCUGAAGGAGGCCACGAAGGGCCCUCUCUACGGCCGAGUCUGCAGGAUUCUGCGAGAGGACCACACCUGUGGCAAGUCUGGCAAGUGCACGCUGCACAACCUUUUGACGAACAAGUUGUCUCUGGUUGGUGUUGGAGAUGCCUGUGCCACCGUGAUCGUCUCUGACCAGGAGGUCUGCGAGGUUGAUCCACUGUGGAAGACUCCGAAGAAGUGGAAGAAUCUGCGCCUGAAGAGGGAUCUGAAGCAGACUGUUCUGCGAGCUUGCGGUGGCUCAGCCCUCUUUUUGGAGGCUUCUGGUGGGUUCUUCGCUGCGGAGCCUCUGGAGUUGCUCAAGUUCAAGAAGUCUUACCCGCAGAUGCUUCUGGACCAGCAUCUUCGGUACGGCUGGGAACUUCUGCGGUACAAUCUGAGCGACUCCGACGAGAACUGGUUCCUGGACAACAAGAUCUGCAUGGUGGACCCGAAGCUCUCUGGGCAGCUCCUCGCCGAAGACCACGACCGCCCCGAGCUUCUGCAGACUGCUCUGGACAGACUUCGUUCUGAGAACAAGCUGCUGUUCGUGCCUGUCUGGGGGCACUGUCCGAACCACUGGACCCUUCUGGUCCUGCAGCGAGAAGACCUCUCGGAGAACUUCUCUGUGAAGUACCUGGACAGCCUCUCUGAGAAGCACGAGGAGUGCUCUGUGAACGCUGCCAGGCUUCUGUCUCUGCUUCUGCCGGCAGAGACUCUGCCAGAGAGAAGCUCCUCUGGCACCCAGAAGUCUGACGAGUGCGGCUUCUGGGUUCUGGCCAACAUGCUCUGGAUCCUGUCCCCUCUCUGUCUGGAAGGACCCUGUGCUCGUGGCUCUCGCCACAAGCUGGUUCUGGAGCUCAUGUCUGAGCUGAAGGCCUGGCUCAUCCAGCUGUCUGGAGAGCAGGCCAAGCUCUCAAAAGAGCUUCUGGACAAGGAGAAGUCUCUGGACAAGCUUCUGAAGAGCAACCGCCUGCGCUCUGAAAAACUGGCAGCAAAGUCUGCAGAGGCCUCUGCCACAGGCCUGAAGCUCUGGAAUCUGGCCAAGCAGCUCCUCACUCUGAACAAGGAGCCUGACGCCAGUGAUCUGUCUGAAGAGGACAAAUCUCGCAUCGAGCACGUCCGUCUGACAGGCCUGGGCGUCUGUUCCAGAUGCCACUGGCAAAGUGGAUGUUUGGACUGUGAUCCUGCGAAGCUGGAGCGGUAUCUGCUGAACAAACUGCGUCUGGAGCUGGGUCUGCCACCAAAGGCAGCCUGA